GAAGAAUUGCUGGUCGUGUUCGUCCUCGCGCUGGUGCGUUUGUUGCCGUGCCAGUAGCUGCUCGUGAUUCUCACCGCGCAGUGCAGAAGACGAAAACGCACAAAGAACGAAAAUACCCGUUUCAUUCAGGAGGACCAAUCUUAUCCCUCAAGAUAAGUCUCUUUGAGAUCCAGACUUGUAUUCCAGACGGAUUGUCUUUCUGCGGACAUUUUUUGAUUCACUUUGUUUCUCUUAAUUCCCACUCAUCUGAGAUUGUAUCAUUUCUAAGCCAUGUCCCAAAAGCUGACCAGCGAUGGUGCUCAGAAAGGCUUUGCUGUUGGCCGCGGGCUUCUGGCUGCUGCCGAGACUCUGAACUUUAGUAUGGGUGAGAUGCACUCCGAUCACUACGGGUCCUCUUCCCAGUCACACAGCAGCAUGGCUAGUUUGGUCGGAGGCGAGGGAAAAGACCACGACUCCCAGCUGUCUCGACGAUCGGGCAGCCACAUUAGCAAUACCAUGAAACUCUUUGCCAGCCUAGGUCUGUCACCGACUGAUUUAGAUGCACUGGCACAAGUUCCAGAGGAGAACAUCAGCGUGGAGACCUUGCCCCAUCUUAUCAUGCAACUUAAGAACCGCAAAAUGGAAACCGGUCGCCGCAUGCCUAGCGAUCUGUCGAUCCGCUCUUCUGAGACUUCGUACAGAGGAGACCGAGAAGAUUGGAGUGAUAUGCAGGGCGGAAGAAUGGAGCGUUCUGGCGGGCAGUCUCAAAGCCGCUCGCAGGGCGAAUUCGGUUAUAGUUCCAUGCGAGACUCGUCCGGUCGAGGGUACGACAUGUUAGAUUACGGCAGCAGUGGCACCAAAGACCGCCAAUAUUCUGAGCUUUCCAGUGAUUCCUACCGUGGCCUUGGCAUGUCCACGACAUCAGCAUCUGACGACAUGUUCAUGCAGAGAAGAAUGGGCACUCCGUCUCAGGGCAAAGUACAGGAUUUCUUGGGAGUCAUGCCCCUCAUGUUUCCCCAUGUGUGCGCCCUUUGUGAUUUUGAUGUGCACUCUACCAUGGAAUGGACUCAGCACACAACUGGCAUUCGUCAUUCUGAAAACCGCAGACUCCUCUUGCAAAUGUACCCUGACUGGGAUCCCCACAUGCCCUCUAGUCGCAUGUCGACAUCCAUUUCGCUCAACACAAAGAACCGUUCUGAUGGGUUGCUGGGAGCAGCGCCAGUCGGUGUUGGACUACAGAGAACAGGGAUGAGCUCCAACUGGGGUUCUAAUACCACUGUGGGAAUGAAUAGUAAAACAACCUCAUAUUCGACAGCACCCAAGAUACGAAGUAGGGUGGUCGUGGCAAAAUAUGAAAGAAAACCACUGUCCUCAAACAGCCUGUUUGCUUUGGCGAAACCCUUUGGCACCAUCCGAGAGCAUCUAGUACUGAAGAACAAGGCUUUCCUGGAGAUGCAGACCCAUGAAGAAGCUUUGGCCAUGGCUAAUCAUUACCAGCGUAAACCUGCCAUUUUGCAUGGGAAAGAGAUACAGAUUUAUUUGUCAAAGGAACUGCUGGUCAUUGAGAAAUCUGGAAAACCAGACAGAGACACUAGACCUGCAAAGGUACCAGAUAGUCCGGUGGUGUUUUUCUCCAAUUUGCCACAAGGGAAUGACAAGAAAAUGGAGCUACUCACUAUCGCUCGUCGAUUUGGUAUCGUUGAGAAACAUCUGUUCCUGAAUGAUGAGCAGGCAUUUGUUCAAAUGAGCAAUCCAGAAGAUGCUGAAAUGCUGGUCAAGUACUACACUCUACAUCCAUUGACUAUCAACAGAAGAUCCAUCAGGCUGAACAUCUCCACAAAGUACAAGACUCUAAGGAUCCCACAAGGCAGGGGGGGGCAAGGGGGGGAGGAGCCCACCCGCAGGACCAGCAGUAGCACCGGCACCAGCAGAUCUGGUGACAAAUCUUCAUCAAAAAGCCAGAGGUCCUCUAGUUCCAAAGCCAGAGAAAGUUCACCUGAGAAAGAAGAGGACUCAAAGCAGGAAGGUGAACCUGAGGUCCAGGGAGAUGGGUCAGGAGAUGAAGAAGCAGAUGUUAUGGAAGCACGUGAUGGAGACGAAGAGGCUUUAGAUGAAGAGCCUGAUGAUGCCAUCCUAUCCGGUGACCCAGAAGAAACCAGUAAACAAUCACCAGAUCCUGAUACCAACGUAGAGCAAGAAGACUCUGAAGACAAGCAAGACGCAGAUGACACAGACAUUCUGGAGGACCAGGAAAACACUGAGGAGAAACAGAAGGAGGCUCAGACAGAGGAAACUGCACUGUCUGAGGCCGAGCAGGAGGAGGAGAAUGCAGAUGAGCUUCCUAAGGAAUCAGAGGAACAGAAUGACGAACAAGCGGAGGAUGAGGUUCCUGAAGAAGACGAUACCCAUCAGGAGAGUCAUGGUGAAAUUGACUUUCCUGAGAACCUGGAUGAGUUUGUUACUCUGGAUGAGUUAGCAGAGGAGGAGGACUCUGAGAGACAAGACUCAAAGUCUAGAGCUAAAAACCCUUCAGGAAGCACCAAGGACGAUGGGCAGGGAUUGAGAGUUGUCAAUGUUGUUGGCUUUAAGCGUGGCUUUGGUUAUCUUGAUGAAAUUCUUGCUCUAGCAAAGCCGUUUGGGACAGUGGUGCGGCAUCUGGUGCUGGACGUGAGGCCGGAGGCCUUUCUUCAACUCGCCAAUGAACAGGAGGCAAGAGCAAUGGCUGGUUUCUACAGUGGGAAUGUCAUGCCAUCUGUGUGUGGAAAACCAGUGAAGGUUUACCAUUCACAGAGUUAUCCGACCAUCCAGAGUGGCCGAGUCAUCUACAUUGGUAACAUUCCACAAUUCAAAGCAUCAGAUGCGGCAAUUCUAAAAAUCGCUGAGCCAUUUGGAAAAAUCAGAAGAUACUUUCUGAAUCGAUUACGCAAUGAGUGCUUCAUUGAGAUGGAAAGAGGGGAAGAUGCUGAGAAAAUGGCAGUGGCCUACAGGGAAAAUCAACCUAAAUUUGAAGGCAAACGUCUGCUUGUCUAUGUCAGCAGGAAAUAUAAGCAACUCAAACAUGGACACAGACCUCCAAGCCCAGAGUCCGAGGAGAAACGCCCAUCCAAGAGGGAACGUCCUGAAGAAGCUGAGGCCCAGAGCAGCAGCUCUACCAAAAGUACCACCAAGCAAGACGAAGAACCGUCUCCUAAAAAGGUUAAAGUGGAAAAGCCUGAGGAGGUGAAGAAACAGGACGUAAAGGAAAGUCAAAGUGUUUCUCUAGUAACUGAUCCAGAGAUGAACAAAGAACCAGAGGAGGAACAAAUCAGUGAGACACCAGAGGUCCAGAAAAUGGAAACUGAACCUGAAACUAAAGAGGAGGCUGUUGUUACGCCCCCUGUUGCCGUGUCAGAGAAGAGUUUGGAAACCGAGGAAAAAGCCAAUACAUCUGCAGCACCUGAAAAAAAGCUGGAAACUAGCCUUGCUACUCUUGGGCCACAUGACCCUAAUGUCCCAGUUGGUGUGGAGUUUGUGAAGAUGGGAUACUACUGCAGAGUCUGCUUCUUGUUUUACUCUAAUGAGGAAACUGCUAAGAAGGUUCACUGCUGCAGUCAAGCACACUACGAUAAACUUAAGAAAUAUUUGGAAAAGGAGAAAGCCAAAGCACAGUCUAAUGGAGGAAAGAAGUGAACCGUUGCCGCUUGAUAUAACCGCUAUGAUUUUAUUCUAUGAUGAUGUCUAAUGUUUAAACAGUGUAUCCAAUGUUUUUUUUCCUUAAAAAAUAGUUAGACUGAGAAAUUGCUUUUUACGUAAUUGUCAUUCAUCAGCAAAAAAAAAGCAUUGUAAAAGUGUAGUUUGACAUUUUAUGCCCUAAAUGCUACUGCUGUCUCUGUUUUUCCUCUUAUUAAAUAAAACAUUCCUCAGACUGUU